GUUGGCAGGACCAGUUCAGAGCGCGCGCUUUCCCCUCGAGACUCUUCUCCAGAGCUCCAGCGAUCAUGAGCGAGCCGAAAACUUCCAAGUUUAAGAAAAUCUUCCUGACUUCCAAGUCCAAAUCCCAGGAGAAGGAGGACGUGGAGAAAAUCGAGAGUUUACCGAGUGAGUAUGCAGAACCUUCGAGCCCGAGUGAGAAGAAGAAGAAGAAGAAGCGGUUCGGUUCGUGGCGAUCUAAAAAGAAACCGAACUUUGAGUCGUUCAGCAGCAACAGCGGCGAGCAGCUGGACUUCACCACCAGACACAUGAGCUUCGAUCAGAUGAGCAUCCAGACGGAGGACUUCAGCAUGAGUGACGGCUGGUCCAUGGCCCCGUCGGAGUGCACGUCGGUCAUCAGCCUGAACCUGUCUACCUCUGAGCCUGUCACACCCACACGACGUCACAGGAAGAAUUCUGAGGAAAAAGGUGGUGGUGGUGUGUUGAACCGGGUUGCCAGUUUCCUCCGGAGGAAGGGACGGAGCAGGUCGUCGUCAGACGGGACGGGGGAAAAUGCGUCACCUCUUUCGAGCCCUAGCGGUUCUGGAGGUUUGAGGUCGACGUCCACGGAAGGAGAAGAGGGUUUCUUCUCAGAUAAAGGCAGCCCGAGCGUGCAGAGCGUGGCCUCCAUCAUCUCAGACGGAGGAGACCUUCCGUUUGCAGACAGUGACAGCAGCGGCAGUGUUAGGAACUUAGCGGUGAAAACAGUGAAAGAGGAAAAGGGUACGGAGCUGCUGGUGGCGGAGGAGAGCAGGAAACUCCGGGUGUUUCUGGAGGAAAUCAGCAUCACUGAUGAUGGACCCGAGAGACAGGUGACUCAGAAGACGAUUAAGCAAUGCACGGAAAUUCCGAUAAAGGAGAACUCCGAACCUAAAUCUCCAGACGUCAAAAAGACAGUUCUGAAACCGGUGGUUGGAGGACAAGGGAAUUACAGCGCUCUCGCCGGGGUGACGCUGAGCUCCCAGUGUAGGAUCGAGUCCGACUCUACGGAUCCAGGUGGCACCGAAGACAUGGGGAAGAAAACGUCAAGCCGGAGAAGAUCGCGCAAGCUGAGCAGCGGCUCUCAGGAGGCCUUAAGCCCUACAAAGCCCUCGUCCCCCGAGGCGGAGCACGAAUCCGCUGUGGCCUCACCCUCGCCUGUGCAGAUACACAAAGCCGUGUGGGUGGAAACGCACCUGGAGGAGGAAGGGAGCGAGAGCAGCUCUCUCGGUCAGGUCACGCCCGUUCGACAAAGCCCUGUCCUGGGCCUCAGGGCUGCACUUGUUGCUCAAGAGGCGCAGGAUUCCGGGUCGGAUUCGAGCGUGUAUCAGGACGCUGUGGAGGUCAAAACCGAUGAGGAACCAGAACCGAAGUCCAUGAAACGGAGGAGCGUGAAACUUUCCACCAGUGAGAAGUUCUUUGCCAAGAGAGUGUGGCUGAACUCGCAGUCGAGUUUGGAGGGAGAACAAGAAGACACGAGCACAAACGUGGACGAAAAUUCCCAAAGCAAGCAGAAAUCCGAAGUCAGAAUUGUACCAAGCCUUAAGAACGUCAGCGUGGAAAUUAAAAAGCCUGACCAGCGGUCAUAUGACUCAAACAAUGAUGCAUCCAUAAAAGAGGAAGCUAAUACAAAACAGCAGGUUGAUGAUGAGGAUGUAGUGAGCCCUUCAGAGCUUCUCGAUAACGUCAUAGAUCUCAAAGAGGACACGCCAGACAUGCCUGUACACAAGGAACAGACCCGAAUUAUGGGGUCGGGGGUUAGCAAUCGGCAGACUUCGGGCGCAGCAUCCAAAGCAAUCAGCGGAACGAAUGGAGCGACUGCUGGAAAGGGUCCAGCUCCACCAGUGGCACCGAAGACAAAAGCCAGCACGGGUCGAGUUACAAGCCAUGCAGAGGCCACAAAAGUGGAAAGCCCGAGAAAGCCUGCACAAAACGGGAAGGAGAAAAAGCAAAGUAAAUCUCCAACAACAAAAGACCUGCCUAAUGUGUUCACUAAGACUGCAGACAAGUCAAAAAUUCCAAAGAAAACGCCACCUGAAAUUCUGCCAAAACCAAGCAAAACACUAAACACAGGCAUGUCACCCGAUGCCUCGGUUUCCUCUUCGGUUCAGACACGUGAGACUGCGCAGGCUGAGAGAAGUAAAUCCAGCUCAAGUAACAGUGUUACAAAACCCCAGUCACCAACAUCACCACCUGGUAAAACUGACACCAGGUCACCCGUCAAGGAAGACGCAACUGUAGCUCCUGCAGUCGUAGAACCGAGUAAGACACCUAAAUCUUCUCAUACCAAAGACCAGAAAAAAGGAACUGAUUCAAAACACACUGAGGAGAAAACAGAGCAGCCGUUAUCUCCUAGCGGUUUAGAGGAAAAAAGUGACACUAAAGAAAGUGCAAAGUCAAAAACACAGCCACAAACCCCUACUGAAAAAACUCCCAGGAGUAAAUCAGUGAAACUCUCAGUGAGUAAAAGCUCUAAAGUAAACAAAACUGAGACUGAUAACAAGCCUCAAACUCCUUCAGAGCCAGAGCAGCCUGAAAAGAGUAGCACAAAGGACAAGGCAACACACGAAACACGACUCAUUGGCCCAAAGAGUCCAAAAAAGCCCAAGGCUGAAGUAUCGCCAACAGGAAGCAAGCUGCCUCGCCCGACUCUGCCUAGCGUUCCGAAACGACCCACAGAGGACGAAUUUGAUUAUGGGGAAGAUGACUCAUCCAAGCAACCCUCGCUUUCUGAUGCCAGGCCAGCAAACGAUGAUUCAUCUUCAGUCAACGGUCCUCUUGGCAAAUCUGCUGAACAUGACCAAGCUGCUGGGAAUGUUGUGGUAAAGCCUACACCAGAAACCAAACCCUCACCACAUCUGAAACAUCCAACUAAACUUAAAUCCAGAAGAGAGGUGGAAAAAGUGAAAGCAGAACUCGAUGCAGACACUCGGACUACUGAAGUGUCAGACCAAAACGUGGACCAUGCAGAAGAAAAACGUGUGAUCGUGGAGUCCACAGAGAAUAAUACUGACCUGGAAAAGUCAGUUCGAGUGCCUGAAGAGAAGAAGGACAAAGACAGUGUGGCUCAAGUCAAGGAUCAGAGCAUGAACCUGGAAACAGAGGUGCAGAGUGUGAGUGAGAAGAUCUCCAAGCCUACAGCAAGCUUGAAACCUUCACCUCAAGCUCUUGAAGAGGAAAGAGAUGUAGCCAAAGAGCUCCAGCAUGUGACUGUGAACACCACAAAACAUACUGAUAUAAAAACUCCAUCUGAAGCAACUCAAAAGGAAAAGGACCUGGCAGAAGCAGGCACGAAAACCUCAGCUCGAGUGUCUAAACAGAAAAUAGACAAGCUCGAGACUGUACUAAGAGCGGAUGAUAAGAACAAGGAGAUAGAAGCAGAUUUAAAAUUAACUCCAGAGGCUGAACUGAAAAAGGUCAAGGCUGAACCAUGGCUGACUGUGGAUGAUGAUAAGAUCAAGGACCAUAAACCAGAUGUGAAAUUAAUGCAGGAGGCUGAACAGAAACCAGUGGAAGCUAAAGAGAAGGCCAUAGAAGAGUUGAAAAAUCUGCCUGAAAUCUCUGAAAAGGAAACUCGAGCCCAGGAUGUGCAGGAUGCAGAACAUACAACAGAGUUAAAAACUUCAUCUCAAGUGUCUGAAAGCAAAAAAGAAAAGGCUGACAAAGUGCAAAGCACAGAUAAGAUCAGGGUUCAUAGUUCAGAUCAGGUGUCUGAACAGAAAAUGGACAAAGCCGAAGAAUUACCUAAAGCAGACACUGAGGCUGUGGAGAAUAAAGCAGACUUAAAAACUCUACCUGAAAUAUCGAAAGAAAAGGCGAACAAGGUGAGCGAAGAGGUGAGCCGUACCUCAGAUCUGACUCCAAGCCAAACAUCUAAUCAGGAAUUGGACAAAUCUAACAAGUUGCAGAAGGUGAGCAUUAAAUCUGAAGAGCAUACAGCAGACCUGAAUGCUCCAUGUCAAGUAUCUGAUCAAGCGAGUCCUGCUUUUGAAACAAAACCAGAAUUGGGAGCAAAUGAUUCUCAAGCUACAAAGCCCCUGGAUAUUGGUACAUCACAAGUAAAACCAGAGCUUAUUAAUAAAGAAACUGUUGCAGACACAGAUAAGGAGCACGUGUCUCCUAAAACUGUUGAGGAAACCUCUGUCAAACCAACAGUGAGCAUCCAUGUAGAGAACAAAGACCUCAAGACUGAAACUCUUCAGCAGUCCAAUUCAACACAGGUCACACAGGAUACUUCAAAAUCCUCCACAAAGUCCUUGAUUGAAGAACAAAACAACAUGGCGACGAAUGGUGUUGCAGAAAACAUUCUGUCUAAAACCACAAAGGAAGCGGGUCACAAGGAGGCUGAAGUUCCUGCAUCUGCUCCAGACCACAAAGAUGAACCAAAAGUCUUAAAGGCAGCUGAUACAGAAGUACCAGUACCGAAACCACCAGCCUCAGAGUCUGUCAAGGAAGAGACCAAAACAAAACCCUUAGCCAAGAUGGAACUGGAACGAUCUUUGGAACUUAAAGAUGGAAAGCUCACUGCUGAUCAGAAACCUGUAGUUAAGAAAGCUGAGCAACCAAAAGGUACAGAGCAAGUGACCUCCCAGAUAGAGAAGACGAUUGAGGUUAAAAAAACCAGCACCUCCAACCAGAAACGUAAACCCGACCACACAAAUUCACAGAAUUCGUCCACCUCUAAGGGACUACCUUCACUGAGUAAUAGCUCUCCAAAAAUGACAGCUCAGGACUUUCUACUGGCGUCUAAAAAACUCUCAGAAACUGCGUCUCCAUCUAGCUGGCUGGAUGUGGACCAAGGUUUUGAGAAGAAGCAAAAUAAGAUGGAGAGGAAAAAGGACUGUUCAGCAAGCAACAAUGCCCUCCAGGACACUUUGGAUGAUUCUGAGGACUUCAUACGCAAAAUCAAAGAACUCUGCUCUCCUUUUUCUUUCCCUCCUAAAAAGCAUGGCCAGUCCAGGACCGUUUUGCCUCCAUUUGCCAUGCCGGCUAUUAAAGAAGAUCACUUUGAGAAAACCUUUGAUCCCGACGAGUUUAAGUUCGGGAUUAGGAAAACCACAGGCCCAAAAGAUCCAUCUCCGGCCAUGUUGAUCAAGAAGAAAAGUGAAGACUUGAGGAAUAAACAGCUUCCGAAACGUAAGGGAACUGAAGAGAGUAUGAUUUUUAAAGCACUGUCUUCCAGACGGGGAGCAGAAAAAAAUGACGAAGAAAAGCCCACAGAGAAUAAGGACAACGGGGAAGAUCAGGCUAAUGAGGAAAAUUCCGGAAAGGUAGCUUCACGGUUAGAAAGAAUGUCCAUCUUAUCGAACCUCAUGAACACUUCCAAGAACUUGAGGAGACCUCAAACCCAGCCUGAAGCUGUUUCAAACGGGGUUACAUCUCCUACAACAUCCCAACAGGUUCCAGCUCCAGGAGACACAAAUGACUUGAAGACGCCUGAACCUGCAGUUGCGCCUCCAGGUCAGGCGGAAGGGAACUUGAAAGAACUUGUGUUACAACCUGGUAUUUCUGUAGAAUCACCAAAGAGCCCACACACUCCGCCUCUGCUUCCUAACUUUUCGGAAAUCAAGCUUCCUGAUUACUUGGGGAAGUACCUGAAGAUAGAUCAAGAACCCUCUGCUUUAGGUAGCUCCCAAAAACCAGAAACACCUCCUAAGAUCCCUGCAGUACAGACAGAAGUCAGCUCUGGAAUCCCAGACACAAAUACAGGUCAGAAGAAGUUUCCGGAUACUCCAGCACCAAUCUUUCCACCCAAACCACCAGCACAACAAGCCAAACUACCGGCACCUACACACACUCAGAUAACAACAGUAAGAGGCUUUCACAAGCGGCCCGGAAAGCUGGUCAUCUUCCAGCAAGCCCAGUUUGGCGGCGAGGCGUACGAGGUGUUCAGGGAUGUCGAGGAUGCCACGUCGUUACAGCUCUCGCCUGUCAUCUCUCUGAAAAUUGUCAGAGGAUGCUGGCUGCUUUAUGAAAAACCAGGAUUCCAGGGACGGACCGUCGCUCUAGAGGAAGGGCCGACGGAAUUGGUGAACGAGUGGGUGGAGCCGGAACCUAACCAGGAAGUCGGGCCGGACGGGAUUCCCGUUCCGACCAAACCGAUGGUGAUUGGUUCCAUUCGUCUGGCUGUGAGGGAUUACAGCCUGCCCAAGAUCGAUCUCUUCUCGGAACCGAACGGAAUGGGCCGUCCUUCCUCGUUCUGUGAUGACAUCAUCGAGCUUGGUUCGUUCGGACGUCCUCACAGCGCCGGAUCCAUCAAGGUCCACUCCGGAGUUUGGCUCGUCUUCAGUGAUCCAGAGUUCCAGGGUCUGUUAUCGGUCCUGGCUGUGGGAGAGUACCCGUGUCCGGAGUCUUGGGGUUUUCCUGACCCCUUCGUCGGAUCUUUACGUCCUCUCAAAAUGGGCGGCAUUAAAGUGGAAAAUCCUCACGAGUUCCGGGCCGUGUUGUUUGAGGAGCCCAUGUUCCAGGGCACCUGUGUGGAGAUCGACACGGACGUGUACGACAUCUUUGAGGAAGACGAGGAGGAGGAGAAGAAGGAGAACACUGAGGAAGGACAGAACGCAGAGCAGAAGAAGAAACUGACCACCAUCGGCUCUCUGAAGAUCCUCAGCGGCCUGUGGGUGGGCUACACAGAGCCGGGGUUUGAGGGUCGUCAGUACGUGUUGGAGGAGGGUGAAUACGUGGACUGUUCUGACUGGGGAGGUUUUGAGAAUAUGCUGCGCUCACUCCGCCCCAUACAUUCGGAUUUUGUGUCUCCUCAGCUGAAGCUGUUCAGCGAGCCUGAUUUCAGUGAGAGGAGUCUGAGCGUCGACCUGCUCAUCCCCGUCAUGGCCAUGGAGGAGACGGCGUAUGGCUGCAAGAGCCAGUCUGCUGAUGUCCUGUCUGGAGUAUGGGUGAUGUUUGAGAACCCUGCCUUCUCCGGUGAGGUGUAUGUGCUGGAGAAAGGGCUCUACUCGAGUCCAGAGGAUUGGGGAGGUCACAGUCACAAGAUCUCCUCCGUCCAACCCGUCAUUCAGGAUCAGACAGCUGGACUGCCCAGGUUUAAGGUGCAGCUGUUCUCGGAACCCGGGUUUCUCGGGGAUGUUCUGGUCCUAGAGGAGAGCUCACCCUUCCUGCCGGCCGGAUUCUGCCCUCGAUCCUGUAAAGUUCUCUCUGGAAGCUGGGUGGCGUUUGAAGGGCCUCAGUUCACAGAGAACAUGUACGUGCUGGAGGAAGGAGAUUACUGUAACACUGCCGCGAUGGGCGGAGUCUCCACUGACUGCACCAUCCAAUCACUGCACACCAUUGGUCAUGAGUUUUCUCUUCCCUCCAUCACUCUGUUCUGUAAGCCGUGUUUCAGGGGGCGGAAGGUCAUGUUGACAGACGGCUCCUGCAACCUAUCACUGAACGGGAUCGAUGGGCAGAGCCAGUCUCUGCUGGUGAACGGCGGAAUGUGGGUGUUAUAUGAAGGGAAGAACUUUCACGGCCGUCAGCUCUUACUGCAGCCCAGUGAGAUCGGCGACUGGAGGAAGUUCAGCGGCUGGAAACAGAUCGGAUCUCUGCGCCCAUUAAUACAGAAGCCGGUGUAUUUCCGGCUGCGCAGUGCUGAGACCGGGUGUGUGAUGUCUCUCUCCGGGUCUCUGGAUGAUCUGAAGCUGCUGAGAGUUCAGGUGCUGGAGGAGAACGGAGGAGACGAGCAGGUGUGGCUUUACCAACACGGCCAGCUGUGCUGCAAGCUGUUGGAGGACUGUUGUUUGGAGCCCUCAGCGGGGAUGAUGAUGCCCGGGUGUCGCCUCAGCAUUUCCCCUGAAUGUGGGAAGGACAAUCAGUUGUGGAACAUCACGGCCGACGGCCUCGUCCGCUCCAACAUCAAACCUGACCUGGUGCUGGAGGUCAAAGGUGGACACCAGUACGACAAAACCCAGGUGAUCCUGAACACAUUUGAUGAGCAGAAACCCAACCAGAGAUGGACGGUGGAGAUUCUGUAACGUCUUUGGACCUCCAGCGAGGGCUGUGCAAUAAAUCUCUGCUCUCACAAUGGGCCCUGUGGUGGAGCUGCACCACUGAGCCCAGUGAGCCUCAUGGUGCAGCUCCACCACGAGGACAGACUCUAACACUUCUUGUGAGCUUAUUAAAGUAUGCAAGGACGUUCCUGAGAGCCAGGACGUGAUGCUGAGGAUGUUUUUUUAAGGGGUGUCAUGCCGCAGGAUGACCACAGGUGGCGCCCUGACACCACGGAUGUGACAGUCAUGGCCCCUGAGACAGUGUUAAAGCGAGGUGUCGAGAGCGUGAACUCCUCAUUAAAGUGCCUGACUUUUUAUUCCUCUGUUCUUUUUACACUCCAUCUCUGUUGUACAUUUUCUUUUGAAAGCUGUAAAAAAAUUCUGUUUUAUUAAGAAUAAAAUGUUUUAUUCA